AUGUAUUUAUGUAUAACUGUACCUACCUCGAGUCCAACAAAAACUCAUCUAGCUUAUGGAUACCUACUACUAGAGUGCCUUGAUACUGUACUUCACAUACCAUCACCCUGCCAAAACAUGAGUUGUGACCUGCAACACAUGGACAUAGUGUUAUUAUACUAUCUUGAACCAAAAAUGUAAAAUUUCAGUAGUUAUCAAUACUUCAGUUUUGUUUAGUUACUGAAUUAUAGUACAUAUUAUAGUCUGUAGAUAAUAAUUUAAAUUUUAAAUUGUAGAAGUCCUAGAACUUUAUUUGUUUACCAUUAAAAUGUAUAAUAAUAUGUAUGUAAAUAGACUAUAGUAUUCAAUAGUUUUUUUUAAAAAGUAUAAAAUAAAUAACUUGUUUUUACUUAAUUGACAUUUGUAUUUUAUAGACUUUCAGUUUUUGUACAAAAAUUGAUAAACUCACUGAUAAUUGAUUUGAUACUAAUGUAUGAAGCAUAUUACGUGGAUGAUCAGGUAAAACUAUAAUAUAUAUUUAGUAAUUAAAAAUAUGAGUGACAUUUCUUAUUAGUGAUGAGAUGUUAUGGUUAAAGCAAGUACUUAGUAUUUGUUUUAAUCCUAGGUGAAAAUCAAUAAUCUGGUGAAAACCAUUUUUUUUCUUAAUUAAUUAGUAGCGAGUAGAGAUAUAUACAAGUAUAUAGUAACAUUAACAAUUGUUUCAGAUAAAUAUAAGAAGAAACAGAAUAUAUAUACAACAAUAA